CCGUCUCAAACGGCAGUCGUUAGAAAAUCGUUCGUACAGUCAGUUCAUCGAGUUCACACGCACGCUCACCACGCGCACUCGUAGUCGACGCCGUCGUCGUACACUCACCGUACACAUAAACACGCGCGCCGAAAAUCACUACUUUUAACUAUAUUAUUAAAAUAUAUAAAUAAAUAUUUUUUACACGUACGGUAAAAUCUCGCGUCUCGUCGACUCCACACAUUUGCGAACCACACAGACAGGACAACGGACCACAGACCGGCGAGCGUGUACUCCGGCUGCCACUGCCGCCCGACUAUAAAAAUUCGAACGUAAAUUCCUUUUUUAUUUGUAUGACUAUAUUACAGUAUACGACUAUACGAGCGAAUAUUUGUAUUUUUUUUUGAUUUUUGAAAAAUUAUCUUUUCCGCCGCAACGCACAUGUAAUUCGCGCGGGUCACGCCACGAGUAUACGAAUUUAACGUAAAUUACAUUAUUAAUAAUAUACCUACCGAUUUUCGCCGACCGGAUUAUCAAAGGAAAAAAAACGCUUUUAUCAAGUUAACGUAGAAAUUUAUUUUUCUAAAAACCACACUUUUUUUCUCAAAAACCGUCGUUUCGUCGAAAUCCGUCGCAGCAACAAAGAUGCCGGCAACGUUAUUUUCUGAAUUGGAAUUCUCGACCAACCAACACAACAACAAGGUCAUCGAAGACACUCGCGCCCUGCAAGUGGCCCUGGAACUCAGCAUGUUGUACAUGAACGGCGAACAGCGACAACAGAAAGUGGACAACAACACUCUGUCCGGCGGCCAGAACAUGGACCAAUCCUCGAUGGCACCUAAUUACAUUCCCCACGGAUUCCCGGAAGAACCGAGGAACAAGAAGAGCCAGAACAUGACCGAAUGCGUACCGGUGCCCAGUUCCGAACACGUGGCCGAGAUCGUUGGUAGACAAGGUUGCAAAAUUAAGGCUCUCCGCGCCAAGACCAAUACUUACAUUAAGACUCCGGUGCGUGGCGAAGAACCCGUAUUUGUAGUGACAGGACGCAAGGAAGACGUGACCAAGGCAAAGAAAGAGAUACUGUCGGCGGCCGAGCAUUUUUCGCAGAUCAGAGCUUCUCGCAAGAACAUGGCUGGAACUCUGUCGCCGCCAGGACCUCCUAGCGUUCCCGGACACGUUACAAUCCAGGUUAGAGUGCCAUACAGGGUUGUCGGUCUUGUUGUUGGUCCUAAAGGUGCGACCAUUAAACGCAUUCAACAUCAAACUGGCACAUACAUUGUAACUCCUUCACGUGACAAGGAACCCGUAUUCGAUGUUACCGGCCUGCCAGACAGCGUGGAAACUGCCAAACGUGAAAUUGAAGCACAUAUAGCUCUGCGCACUGGCAAUGGCAUGACUGAUGAAGAGAAUGGUGUUGCUCUAGCUGCCCUCUGUAAAGCCAACCCAUUGGCCGGUCUUUUCGAUCUUACAGACUCCAUGGGUCCAGCUAUAUUAUCCGGCAGUUCAGGAUGCAGCUCUGGUUCAGUAAGCUCAUGCGGUUCUGGUGUAUCGGCACUUGGUGACUUGGGAAACAUAUGGUCAGAUGAAGGAAUUGGCGGAGAAUCACCAUCAUUUGAGAAUGUUGGUCUCUGGGGAUUCAUGGGAUCGUCCAGACCAUCUCCUGCAAGUUCAACAUCUCCACCGCCAGCUAAGAAGACUUGUUUAGUUUGUCACAUGAGAGAUAUUGACGCUGCUCUUAUUCCAUGUGGUCACAACUUAUUCUGCCUGGAUUGCGCAUCAAGCGCUUGCGAUUCAAACGGACUAUCUCACUGUCCUGUAUGUAAGAUACCUGCGCGUCAAGCUAUUCGCAUCAUCUCUUAAACCAAGGACAAACAUAAAAAGUACCAUAAUAAAUCCCUUUUAUUUAGUACCUAAAUGAUUCCUAAAAACAGAUCCAAAACAUUUAGUAUUAAACUUAGAUUAUAGUAAACACGACAUUUAUAUCGCUCUAUUUAGUGGAACGAAAAAAAAGGGAUUCAAUCGAAGGCUGAUUGAUUUAAUUGACGAACAUAACAAAACGAGUCAUUUUUUUUAUUUAAUUAUUAUUAUUAAAUUAUUAUUCUUUUUAAAGAAUUUUUAUUAUUAUCCAUUUGGUUAUUGUGUAUUUUGUUGAUAAAAUAUGUUAUUUGUUUAGUUUUUUUUUCUCAAAAAUUGACCGACGAUCUCUAUGAGAAGUCGUGACUAGAAUGUUCUCGUCAGAAAACAUGACAUUUAAUAUAAAUGAUAUUGCCAGUGUUAGUGAUUAAUAAUUUAUUAUCAACAAAUUUUUCUCUUUGAGUUUUUUUUUUUUUGUAGGUGUUAGAUUUUUAACACAAUUACUGUGAACAAAUGUUAAAAGUUUGUUUCAGUUUUCCUCACGACUGUGUAAGAUUUUAAUAAUGUAUACUGACAUAUCCCUUGUUAAGUUUUUUUACAAAAACCAUUUAAAGAAAUAAACAGCACCUACCUCCAACAUCCUUGGACCUUGG